UACAGAUUAUUUAAGUUAUGCUGUUGAAAUGUUUUUGCAGUAUUUCAUUACAAUCUAGUCCAGGGUGAAGUCGUUUUUAUGUCAACUGAUAGAUAACAAAGAAACAUCUGAGCAGUGAGGAGCCACAAUGAAGUCGCUUGUGCUCUUUCUCACGCUGACGGCGUUUAGCUCGGCGUCGGCGCAAUCGCCGUACGCCGGACUGGCGGCGGAAGAGUGGGGCGCGGCGGCGGUGGCGGCGGCCGAGUACAUCACGGUGGAGCCGGUGGAAGAGUACCUGCCGCCGAUAACGGAGUCGAAUUACUGCGAGCACUGUAACCCUGAGCAAGUCCACAUUGCCUUUGGUGAGAAAUCCAACGACAUUGUAAUAACUUGGUCGACUUUCAACGAUACUCCCAGCGUGGUCCACUACGGGGUGGACGAGCUGCAGCACUAUGCUUACGGCGCUAGCUCGUUGUUCGAAGACGGCGGAAACGAGCGCCGUCAACAGUACACACACCGCGUAACGCUUCCUGACCUGCAGUAUGAUACUAAAUAUGUGUACAACGUGGGCUCGGAGUACGGCGUGUCGAGCCUGUUCUCCUUCCGCACGGUUCCGAAAGGGAACAACUGGCCCGUGCGCGCCGCCGUCUUCGGAGACAUGGGCACUGAGGGCGCCAAAGCGAUGCCAUACCUUCAAGAGGAAUCCGUGGGUCACUUCGAUCUGAUCCUCCACGUGGGCGACAUGGGCUAUGACAUGGCGACCGACAACGCGAGGGUAGGCGACCAGUUCAUGCGGCAGAUCGAGCCCAUCGCGACCAUGGUCCCAUACAUGACGUGUGUCGGCAAUCAUGAGCAGGCCUAUAACUUCAGCAACUACCGCGAGCGCUUCUCGAUGCCGGGCGGCACGGAGAGCAUGUUCUACAGCUUCGACCUGGGGCCCGCGCACUUCGUGGCCAUCUCCACCGAGUACUACUACUACAUCAAGUACGGCGUCAAGAUGAUCUACGAACAGUACCAGUGGCUGGAAAAGGAUCUGGCCAUGGCUAGUCAUAAGGAGAACAGGACGGUGCGGCCGUGGAUCGUGCUGAUGGGCCACCGCCCCAUGUACUGCAGCAACGCCGACGACCUCCCGGACUGCGAGUACGAGUUCUCGCGCACCGGCAACCCCUUCUUCGGGCACGGCCUGGAGCCAUUGCUGCAGCAGUACGCUGUGGACCUCGUGUUCUGGGCACACGAGCACUCGUACGAGCGCCUGUGGCCCAUCUACAACAACACCGUGUAUAAUGGCUCCCUGGCCGAGCCUUACACCGAUCCAAGAGCGCCUGUCCACAUCGUGACGGGGUCCGCAGGUAACCACGGUGGUCAGGACCCUUUUACUGGCACGCAUCCGCCGUGGUCGGCGUUCCGCACCGACGACUUUGGGUACACGAGGAUGGUGGUACACAACCACUCACACAUCUACAUCGAACAGACGUCGGUGGAGAAGAAUGGCGACGUGGUGGACUCGUUCUGGCUCAUCAAGCACAGGCUUUCCUUCAACGAUCCUGACGACUAAAGAGCUCUUUAUAUGCAGUCAUCUAAUAUUAGUUAGAUUAUUAUUAAACGUUACAUUUUGUACGAUCCUUACGACUAAGGCUUAUUUUCUACCAGAGAUGUGCAAGAAGCAAGAAUGCGCAGCGUUAGCGAGAGAUGUGUUUCUUAAAAAAAUAACAGAAAAAUGAACUCUACUAAGUUCUCAGCAAACACAUUUCUCGCUACGCAUCCUCGCACAUCUCUGGUGGAAACGCAGCCUAAAGUGCUCAUUAUAUUACGCCAUCUGUCAUCUUAAAAAUGUAAUUUUCCACCUAUACGCAACAAUAAUCAUUUUAAAGUCAUUACUCCAUCUGGCCGAUCGAGUUUAAGUUUCCUUGAACACGGCGAAGACUAAAAGUGCUCCAUUGCUCAUUACAUUACAAUAACACCAUCUAGUUUGAAAUUUACAGAUCGUUUUAAACAUUUACUUUGCUAUGUAUUAUUACUAUUGUUAGUUCUUUAUAUGUAUGUCGAACAAGUCAUAAAGCACAUUUGGGGACACGGCAGUACCCGCCAAGUCUAGCAAAAACAAAAUACUGCGCCUUUGUAUCAAGGAGCGGAAUACUCAUAGAAAAGAUUCAAAUGGAAAAGGGACGGCACAAAUGAAUAUAUCGACAAUCGGUUGAAUAUAUAAAUAAAAGAAUUAUUUCCAUUUUAUUAAUUGUAUCGUAUUACUUAUUAAAUCUGUUUGAAGAGCUGCGUUACUUAUCAAUAGUUGUUAAUAUGAUAGUUGUCUCGACGACCGGUCUGGCCUAGUAGGUAGUGACAGUGCCUACGACGCCGAUGGUCCCGGGUUCAAAUCCUGGUAAGGGCAUUUAUUCGUGUGAUGAGCAUGGAUAUUUUGUUCCUGAGUCAUGGGUGUUUUCUAUGUAUUGAAGUAUUUAUAAAUAUUUAUAUAUUAUAUACAACGUGUCCCAAAACUCAACGAUAAGCCGGCACCAGAGGAUGGAGCUGCUUAUGAUUAGUCGAGAAAAAAUAAGGAAAAAAAUAUAUCUCAAUUAUUUUAGAAAUUACAGAAAAAAAAUGAAAUUCAUCGAAAAUCGACAUCCCUAAUGGUAUUUUUAACGACCAUGUCACAAAUAUUCAAAUAUUACUGUUUUUUUUUUUUGUUUUUGGAAACUUAAGUAGCCCUGCUAUCUAACACAGUUCUUAAAAAUACCAUAAUACAUGUAGUUUUUACACAAAAAAUAAUCAAAAUUCAUUUUGUCCCUACAAUUUUGAAAGAUUUUUUCUUACAGUCCACUUUCAAUCAUCAUGGUGUAAAAAAAUAGUAUCGACACCACUAUGGCAAUUAUUUUCAAAAGUUGACGCAACUAACCAAGAUUCCAAAAUGGUAUAAUACUUUAGGAAACCUAGUCACAAAAAAAAACAACGAAUUUUUAAACAAGAAUCGACAUUAUUUAAUGUUGGCGGUAAUCACUUUUACUGUACCCAAAAAAGGAUUUUUGUUGUUGAAAAAUGUUGACUAAAUGCAAAGAAAUGGUACAAUUUUUUUUUCCUUUUUUUUAAAUUCAUUUACUACAUUAUUAAUACUACAGUAAAUGUUCAAAUUGCCUGCCACCGGCAUUAAUACAGACAUGACAUCGCCUUAGAAAUGAUCGUUUUAUCCGUCGUGCAUAUCUUCUACCAUUGAUAUGAUCCGCAGCUUGUGUGAUUUUUUGGCGAAGCUCGUCCAAUGUUGCUAUGGGUUUUGAGUAGAUUUUGUCUUUAAGACAGCCCCAGUAGAAGAAGUCCAGGGGGUUCAGGUCGGGCGAACGGGGUGGCCACAAGAUAGGACCAAGUCGCCCGAUCUAACGCCCUGGAUACUCUUGGUUUAAGUAUUCUCGCACUGCACGGGCAGUGAUUAAUAUCAACAUUUAAAAAUGUCGGUUCUUGUUUAAAAAUUCGUUGUUUUUUGUUGUAACUAGGUUUCCCAAAGUAUUAUACCAUUUUGGAAUCUUGGUUAGUUGCGUCAACUUUUGAAAAUAAUUGCCAUAGUGGUGUCGAUACUAUUUUUUUACACCAUGAUGAUUGAAAGUGGACUGUAAGAAACAAUCUUUCAAAAUUGUAGGGACAAAAUGAAUUUUGAUUAUUUUUUGUGUAAAAACUACAUGUAUUUUGGUAUUUUUAAGAACUGUGUUAGAUAGCAGGGCUACUGAAGUUUCCAAAAACAAAAUAAAAAAACAGUAAUAUUUGAAUAUUUGUAGACAUGGUCGUUAAAAAUACCAUUAGGGAUGUCGAUUUUCAAUGAAUUUCAUUUUUUUUUUCUGUAAUUUCUAAAAUAAUUGAGAUAUAUUUUUUUCCUUAUUUUUUCUCGACUAAUCAUAAGCAGCUCCAUCCUCUGGUGCCGGCUUAUCGUUGAGUUUUGGGACACGUUGUAUAUCGUUGUCUAAGUACCCUCAACACAAGCCUUAUUGAGCUUACUGUGGGACUUAGUCAAUUUGUGUAAUAAUGUCCAUUAAUAUUUAUUUAUUUAUUUAUUUAUAAUAGUAUUUUCAUUUCUCAUGCUCUGAAAGUGGGUAGUAGUUGUUCUAAAAUGUGUGCAGAAAAUGACACGUCUCUGCUCUAGAGCACUGUACUUUCUGAGUGGGUACGUUUUUUUUCUUUUUUUGUACAAUUUUGAAAUACAAAAAUUACUUCCUAUUCCAUAAAUAAUAUAUAUUCUUACCUAAGUUGUUAGUUGAAAGUCAAGAAAUACUAUUCUACUGAAUUAAGUUUAUACUUAGCCGUGUUUUUUUUAAAUGGACAUGUGUUUUACUUUCCUCGUAUUUGAAAUAAAAAGUCCCACUGCGUUCCAAUGCCAAACGACCUCGACAGUAAUGGGUGUCUUUCAUCCCUUGGUUAACAAUCUACUAUUUAUACAAUCGUGAUAUAUAUUGUUCUUUACUUUUGUCAUUGAGAUUUUUGCGAUGGCAAAGUCCUCCCUUGCGUUGUAUCAUCUUGUUUCGAAGCCGGUUAGAGCAUGUUCGCCCUCUAAGUAUUACUUGUAAUGGAUAAAGCUAUAGAUUAGCCCCAAUUUUCAAAGAGGACAUAAUAAAACGUAGAUAUAUCCUCAA